CUCGGAUGUAAAGCACACUCUGACCUUCACAACAAGAGCCCCCCCGUGCACCAGGGGCCCAAAUGGCGACACGGCCGAUUCGCCAUCGUCGUCUCCCGUCGUGAGAUUUGGCGCAGCAUGGAUCUAACUCGAGAGGAACGUAUGCGGUCGCGCAUGCGUGGUGCUGCGCGUCACCAGGUCCAGAAUGCAGACUUCGGCGAUCUGUUCACCAUCCCCGUCAUUGCACCGGACGCCGAAAAUCAACCAGAGCGCGAACCUGGCCCCUUGGCCCAAGCAACUGCAGCCUUGUCCUCGGAGCCAGCUGCGUCCACGCCGGUCCCCUCGGCCACCCAGCAUGUCAGCCCAAACACGUCAGCAAAGAGGAGGCGCCUCGACCCCCGAGGCACUUCCGCACCGGUCCCGAAAUCACAUUCACCAGCCCAGCUCCCAAGGCAGUCAAGUUCCGCGACCCGGCGGUCACCGCCACUCUCUCGGUCCCCCACCGACAGUGUCCAUGGUGGCCUCGCAGAUGCUCCUGCCACCGCGGACGGCCACGAACCCCUCCCAAAACCCACGCCUCCGAGUCGCACCUCGGCCAGCCGCCUGCCGGACAGCAGGUCUGCAGCUCGCGUGCGAGCCGCCCGCCAUCCCUCGCCCCUCACCAUAGCCCAGCACGCUGAGGAGAUCGGCGAAAGCCCGACUGAUCAGCCCGGCAGUGGCCAACGGAGGAGGGUCCGGCACGUCCAAACCGUGACAUCCAGCGCGCUAUUGCAGUCUGCUCUGCGCGCCGACGACGACGACGAUGCUCUCCAAGAUGUGAUGCCAUCCUCGUCGCCUCUGACGCGAAAGUCAAGAAAGAGUACCGCAGCGACGACGGUCUCGGCACCGUCAAGUCGUGCGAGCCUACGGAGAAGUUCGCGUUUGUCCAGCAGCAGCGACGGUGGAGUUGGGGCGCCCUUUUCGGACCCGCUAGCACCAGUUGAGAAUGCUGGUCCUGCAACAGCGCCGAACAGCCAACUGCCAUCACGAGCCGAGGUUAACCCUGCAGAGGUGGACGAGAGCGUCGUCGGUCAGGGGACGGCAUCUGAUCAUCUGGGUUCCGAAGCCGCACAGCCGGUCGACGGAACAGAAGUUGCGCGUCACCUGGGGGAAAAGCGCCAAUUGCGGAGCAAGGCACUUGCGUCGCCUGGAUUGGUGUCUGAGGAACCAAGUGUGAAACGCCCUCGCAAGAUCCCGCGUUCCAAACCAAAGCAGAGGUCGCCGGGAAGGCAAAAGCACCCGAGAGCGCCGCGAGCGAAGUCGCGCAAGCAGAAACCUGCCACGCGGGUGAUGACUGGCCAAGACGCCACAGUGCAACCUAUUUCUCUGAAGAUCCAGCGAUUCACGAGGCCAAGGCGUCUGGACGAAGACGACCCGGAGGCAGAGGACAUUCUUAAUACAGAGAUACCCUUCGCGAGUCGUAGUGGCGUCAACGCUGUGGAUGUCCUGGCUCAGAUGUGCGAGGAACUCAUCAACAGUGGCCAUCACAAAUUGCAGGACACCUUCGACAACGCACAGGACGUCGCUACGAAGAAGGAGCUUCGGGUGAAGCUCAGAGCCUUGGAGGCUUUCCAAGAGGAGACGAGGACCCGUUUCCUGGAACAAACCAUCGCCCUCGAUACCCUAUAUGCGCUGAGGAAGCGUGUCCGUCAAGCACAAAAAAGCAAGCUACGUUUGCGGGAGAGGAUCAUUCAAAUAAGAGCUGAGAGGGAGCAGGUCGCCCUCCGCAUGGACGCCGUCAGGAUGAAGCAUGAAGAGGACGGAAAGGAAGCCUUGCACAACAUCAAGCUAUCAGCGGCAAUGCACGACGUUGAUCUCGCAAUCGAGCAGGGCAGGGCUGCACCCGAGCUUUCAGACAAAGGCCAGAAAGUGGCAGAUCUUGCGAACCUCGAGUUGCUCGUAGAGAGAGUCAGGGAACAGGCAUGCGGCCAUCUCCCUGGAGGGGGCAAUUUGAGGCGCAUCAGGGGUUUCAAUGCGUUUUUGGAGCGUGCUGUUGCAGCGUUAUAAGGCGCUCGUAUUGCAGAGUGGUUGCUGAUGGUCCUCAUAAGGCACUCUGUGGCCAACUGAAGCAAAUGGCGGAGACAGCCGAUCAUUAAACCACUCCUCUGUUGCUUUCGCCCCGCGGACUGCGUCGUGGCCGCAGAACAAUGCCAGUGCCGACAAAGGCAUUCGUCCAAGGGUGUUGCGGCCACUCUGUGAAUAAAGUAAGUUUUGACCAGCCGCAAUCCAUGCCCAGGAAAGUGGUGAAACCAAAAGGCCACCACACCAGGGCCAGACCAUACUAUAGGGUCGUGGGUCCAUUCUUUGCCUCUGCAGUUCAAUAGGCUUGACUACCAAGGGCAUAUAUCAGCCUCAGAGACGCUUCGAUUCUACUGUCUCACUGGGGCUCGCCUGGUGCCAGGACCAGGUCAGUAACAACCAGAAUAUGUGACAUUGCCGUGGUUUCCUCGACAUCCAAGGCUCUCUUCCCGCGUGCGAAGGGCGGCCACGUCGGUACAGGACAAUCAUUGGCCAGUCAAUUGGUCUUGAACCGUCGACGAAAGCGUGCAAAUUGACAAUAGCUUCCAGCAAAUGCUUAUUUGAUUCUCCUGCAGCUCACAACCAAGUGUGCAAAGAGCUCAGCCGGACAACAUCUGCGCUUCGAUAGUUCUCAACAACGCGCUUUCUCAC